AUGGCACAUGCCAGCGUCUGCAAGGAGGAUCACCCGCCGUUCCGGGAUGCUCCUCCACAUUCCUUUACGCCGCUGCAGUAUGUGUGGAAAUCUCGAGCGCCUUUGAUCGCCGUGCCUGUUCUGGCAGGCCUGAGGCAGCUACCGCAUCGGCAGGUGGCCGAAGACACUCCGUCCAGUAUUCUCUUAGAGAUCGCACUGCUUUGCGCACUGGCCGUUGGGUCAGGCUUCGUGCGGCUGCCCUUCUCGGCCACUUGGUGGUUGGUGCUCCUGGCGGCUUUCAUCACCCAGACCAGGUUCAUCUUAGGCGUGGCGACAGUCCUGUCGCUCAGUGUGCUGCUUACCUGGUAUGGAUUGCGGCUGCAGCAUGCGGCCGCAGUGACGGCGCUGUGGGGAGGUGGUGAGCUGACCAGCCCUUGGUCCCGACUCUUCUGGCAGUGCUGGGAUCUCUGCGUGCAUGGGCUUCCUGCCUUGGCAAUGCUUUGGUUCCAUGGGCCCAGCAUCGGCCUCACCGUGCCGAUGGCCGCAGGGCCCGUCUCCGCUGGCGCGGCCGCCGCAGCGCUGCCUUUGUCGCUUCUUUGGCUCUUUGGGCUUUGCCAGAGCAUCCCAGAUGCCAAGUGCGACCUUAGCCACACGCGGCUCGCCUACCGUAUCGCUCCGGGCCUCCCCGACGAGGCCUGGCGAUGGGUGCACGGCUUCCACGGCUUUCUUUGCUUGGCUUGGUUCCUUGCGCUGGUCCUGCCGGCGCCCGCUGCAGGCAUCUAUGCCCUCUUUGUUUUUAUCGGCCUCAUCCGUCAACCCUUCACGCUGGCUUGGUGGUGCCUUUUCCUGGCCAGCCUUUGGUUCACUUUCGGCGAGGGAACGUCCAGGACAGCCCUCAUCUCGGCGGACCCAGCACUGCAGCUGCUCCAGGGAAUGGCAUGUUGCUGCGCGGCCACAACCGCCAUGGGUUUUUACGGCGUGCAGGUCUUUGCACCACAUGCCUUCGCCUCUCUCAUCGACACCUGGGUCGUUGACCCCAUGGUGUACUUGCUCCCAGCCCAUUCGGCGCUUAUUCGUCGGGUGGCCGUCACAAGAAGCUUUCGCGGUGCCACGCGUCUGGGGGACUGCUGCCUUCAUCUUUUCCCAACCACUGGGGCCGUUGUCCUCUUCUGGCCCAGCGUGACGGCUACUGCGGCGUUUCUGUCCCUGCCCGCGAAUGUAAUCUGGCUGCUGAGCACAGGUUCCCGGUCCUUGGAUGCCACCAAUCGUCUCUACGGGAUCAAGCCGCCCCUGGGCACCGCCACGCUCCGCUUCGUGUACGGCAGCCAUUGGGCGCUGUCUCGGUUGGCUUUGCUUGAGUUUUGGACGGCAGUGAGGAAGACGCAGGUGCACUCGCGCUGCUGGAAUAAGUGCGCGAUCCGCCUUGAUCCCGCUGUGCACAUGGGAUCUACGAUUUCUCUGCCGACUGUGGCUCCAUGA